UCCCGGAGUGCCCCGCGGCGGGAAGAAGCCGAGCGGGUUCGAGGCCGACGCGACCCUUCUUCGUUGCCGCCGCGACCCUUCUUCGUUGCCGCCGCGCUGCCGCCGCCGCCCCCGCCGCCGCCGCUGCCGCUGUCUGAGAGAAGCCGUCGCGGCCGCUCCUGCCGCUCCCUCCGGCCACCAUGUCCGCCCAGGCGCAGAUGCGGGCCCUGCUGGACCAGCUCAUGGGCACGGCCCGGGACGGUUCAGUGUAUCUUUGCCUGCCUACAUCAAUCUGCAAGGGAGUUGCAGAAAAGCCUCAUGUUCAUCGAGCCGAGACGAAACCAGACAGAGGGUCAAGUUUACAGAUGACCGUGUCUGCAAGAGUCAUCUUCUGGACUGCUGCCCCCACGACAUUCUGGCUGGGACGCGCAUGGAUUUAGGAGAAUGUACCAAAAUCCACGAUUUGGCCCUCCGAGCGGAUUAUGAGAUUGCAAGUAAAGAAAGGGACCUCUUUUUUGAAUUGGAUGCGAUGGAUCACUUGGAGUCCUUUAUCGCUGAGUGUGAUCGGAGAACUGAGCUUGCCAAGAAGCGGCUGGCAGAGACGCAGGAGGAGAUCAGUGCAGAAGUUUCCGCAAAGGCAGAAAAAGUACAUGAGUUGAACGAAGAAAUAGGGAAGCUUCUUGCUAAAGCUGAACAGCUAGGAGCCGAAGGAAAUGUGGAUGAAUCCCAGAAGAUUCUUAUGGAAGUGGAGAAAGUCCGUGCAAAGAAAAAAGAAGCUGAGGAAGAAUACAGGAACUCCAUGCCUGCAUCCAGUUUUCAGCAGCAGAAGCUGCGUGUUUGUGAAGUCUGUUCAGCCUACCUUGGUCUCCAUGACAAUGACCGUCGUCUUGCAGACCACUUCGGGGGCAAGUUACACUUGGGGUUCAUUCAGAUCCGUGAGAAGCUCGAUCAGUUAAGGAAAACUGUGGCUGAAAAGCAGGAGAAGAGAAAUCAGGAUCGGCUGAGGAGGAGAGAGGAGAGGGAGCGGGAAGAACGACUGAGCAGGAGGUCUGGAUCAAGAACCAGAGAUCGCAGGAGGUCGCGCUCCCGGGACCGGCGUCGGAGGCGGUCAAGAUCUACCUCCAGAGAGCGGCGGAAGUCAUCCCGAUCCCGGUCCCGAGACAGACACCGGCGCCACCGAAGCCGUUCCCGGAGCCACAGCCGGGGCCACCGCCGGGCAUCCAGGGACCGGAGUUCGAAAUACAAGUUCUCCAGAGAGCGGGCCUCGAGGGAGGAGUCCUGGGAGCGCGGGCGGAGUGAGCGGGGGGCCACCGACUGGAGGCUCGAGAGCACCAACGGGAAGACGGCGUCACGGAGGUCGGAGGAAAAGGAGGCCGGCGAGAUCUGAACCCACGCCCAGGCGCUGUAAAUAGUCCGAUACAUGUUUGACACAGCCUAACGUUACCCUUUAUAUUUGCUGAAUACAACUCAUCUUUUGUAGUUUACCAUUUCUAUUGUUUUGGAGCUAGCUGUGAGUUUCUCGAGAUGUACAGAGUUGCUCCUGUGUUCUGGGUUAUGUCAAGUGGGAAUAAAUAGCCUGACAGACUGCC